AGAUAAUGAGUAUGCUGACGUCAGAGGCCCGUAUUACUGCUAACCACCUGUACAGCUGCACGCUCCGGUGCAGGUCAUUGUUGUCCCGAGGUGUCUGACAGUGGGUCCCGAGCAAACGCCAGGAAGCCGGUCGGACAGCCACUGCGAGUCACCCCGCCUGUCUCACCCUCACGGUGCGGCUUCUCCAGACAUGUGUACGGAGACACCGCCAGACAACACGUCCUUAUUACUCACACUGUAGGCUUGAGGGAGUAUAUCAUACGUCUGUGUUGGUAGAUCCCGGAGUUGCAGGGAAGGCUAGGAAGGAACCCCAUCAUCGCACAACCCCAGGGCUCGAACCGGCACAUAUAGCAGAAAACCUUGGAUGUCCAAAAUAACCAAAACAACCGACAUGCCUAUCUUCACUGGUUCUUCAAACAACAAACAACACAACAAGUACCAGGACUUGGUCAACGAAGCUAUCCAUGGGGUUUCACACAAGUACAAGGAUUAUGUGAAGGAGGAAACGGUUCAUGUCAUCCGUUCAUACACAGGACUCCGGCCUUAUAGAGCUCCAUUUGCCAUGCAAAAUGGAAAGACAAAAUACUUCUUGUGCAUCAAGGGAAAAGUACCUAUCAUGAAAGAAGGUGUAAUGGCAUUCACACUCCACAUCAGGAUGUACAUCCAUAAGAGACACCCCCUGUCUCCCCCGGAGGUCUUCAUCAGACCGUCCCGUAACAUGGACAUCAAGGCCGGCCAGAACGUCGACUCGGAGGGGAGAGUUUACCUGCCUUACCUGAGCAGCUGGAUAUAUCCCAAAAGUGACCUGAUCGGGCUGCUGGACUUUAUGGUCCUGACCUUCAGCCAGCUCUCACCCGUCACCCUGCGGCGUAGGUCACCCUCAGCAUCGCCCACCCCGCAGAGGAAAGCCCUGUCCAACCCUCCCUCCAGGUCAGGCUCCAGUUCCCGCUCAAGACCCAACUCCAGGCCCGCCUCCCCGGCCCUGGGCCGCCGCGGCAGGCCGUCCCCCUCACGACCCUCGGAUGGUGCCGGGGAUGGGGACGACGACGCAGUCGAUGGGUUCAUGCCAAACCUGGGAGACAGAUUUUUCAGGACAAAAAGCGCCGGCUCCAGCUCUGGGUCUUCUGAUGAUGAGGAGGAGAAAGUGUGCGAGCAACUUGUGGAUGAAAAUGGCGUCCACCGCCGGAUCUCUGUGAAGAAGUACAACCCGCGGGUGGGCAGGAUGGAGUACCUGACGGUGCAGUACGGCUCCAUGGCCGUGGGGACAGACAGAGACAAAGUCUGAUUCUGGAAGGGUACGUGAAUGAUGGCAGCACUUGUACAGUUGUCUCAGUGCCGAUGAUAUACAGAGAAUGACAAGUCUACCCGACUCUACCGGUUCUUGUGAAUGUUUAACUAAACCCCCGUAGGCUUGGGUUGAAAGAUGUCGCAUUGAAGUUGCUGCUGCAGCUUAGAUGAAUAUGAUAAACGGUUCUGUAUUUGUACAGUUAUAACUAAGUACAUGACUGGUACUGUAUGGAGAUUUAUACUCCUCAGUACAAACCGAAAAAAUAACAAUUGUAAAGCACCACUGUAAAUACGUCUAAGACAUUGUUUACCUUAAGGUUUGUGAUGUAUCAUGAUCUACGGAAAUCCUGGCUCUCGAGCUAAAGACAUUUUGCAUUCCAGUAGUAUUACCGUCUUAUAUGCAAAGAUACAAAAUGAUAUACCACUGUUGAAAGAUCACUGCUCUAGAUCUAUACUUAUUUGCCAUUGUUCAAUGGAAUAAAUGACUAAGUCCGUA